AUGGCGUUUUUCACGUCCGAGGACCUCAAAAUUGCCUUCAACUUCUUCUGUACCGUGUAUGGCAUUGGCACGCUCGGUCUUCCUUCCAACUUUGCUCGCUCGGGUGCAGUUCUCGCGACAAUCGCCCUUGUUUUUAUGGGGUUUGCCAACAUUUGCUCGUGCGUGGCCAUUUCACGCGUCAUGGCAGCUGCCCCGAAGAAUGUCAAGACAUACGGAGACGUUGGUGAAUGGUGUUGUGGCAAAGCUGGACGGUAUUUGGUCCUCUUUGUCCAAUUUGGAGUGUGCUGCUUGGUACCGUGCGCGUUUCUAGUGCUUGGUGGAAUCCUGCUCGACGGUAUCUCUCCAAGGGCUUUCAACCAACAGUACUGGAGUAUCAUCAUGGCUGCUAUGCUGCUGCCUGUAAUUUUGACGCCCACGCUCAAGGAAGGAGCUGCUGCGGCUUUUGCGGGAUGUCUUGGCACGCUUCUUGCUGAUGCAAUUGCUCUGAGUGUCUUGGUUAAUGGCAUUGGGUUGAAUCACCCAGCUGUGAUCAGCCCCGACUUUGACGUUGGACAGAUAGCGAGCUCAUUUGGCAAUCUAGCCCUGGCUUACUCUGCCGCUGUGCUCGUGCCCGCGCUUCAGCGUGAACACUCGCAGCCAGAACGUAUGCCCCGUGUUGUUGCCACGACGAUGGUCUUUACCAGCUGCCUCUUCCUCACCAUUGGAUGGACAUCGUAUUCUUUCGUUGGUUGUCAGAUCCCGGGAAAUUUGCUCUUUGCUAUUGGUGGCACUGCUCUUAACCUGCACGCAAACCGCGGUGCUGUUGUGCUAGCCUUUAUGUUUAUGCAGCUACACAUCACUAUUGCAAUGUCCGUGAUCUUGAACCCCGUGCUUUAUAUUGCGGAGCGCGGUAUUCUUGGCAUGCACAAGCGUCCUGCGCUUACUAUUGUUGAUGAGGAGUCUCCGGCGUUCGACGGGAUCAACACGCCGCAAAAGGCAGGCAAUUCGGUUGUCUCGUUGGCCGAUGCAGAGCAUGUUAUAUCAGCCGAGGCUUUGCUUGAUGAAUACCACAACAGCGGACCCCUCGUGACGGCCAAGUACAUGACUCUUCGCAUCACCAUUGUCGUGAUUCUUCUCGUCAUCGCCAUAAUAUUCAAGGAUCAUUUCGUGGACUUUACCGACUUUGUCGGUGCGUGGGCUGUCUCAAUGGCUUGUAUCAUUCUUCCGGUCUUCUUCUACUUCAAGGCGUUUUGGCACUGCAUUCCGUUGUACGAGAAGAUCAUUGGCACCUUCAUCAUUGCUAUCUGUGCAAGUCUGGGUGGAUACGUGACGUUCACGACGGGCAAGAACCUCUUUUUAAACAUUGUAAGUGACAAGACGUUCAAGUACUGCCCAUCGGGCUUCGACAUGGUCGUGUACACUAAUGAGACCUUUUACGGCAUGAACUAG